AUGAGACUUGCGGCUCACGGGUCUAUAGCGGCUCACAACUUGAGUUUGAAUUUGAAUUUGAACUCAAUUUCUGCCGUCUUGGAACCAUUUGAAUGCAUUGAGAUAUAUCACGGCGGUAAAUACCGUAUUGAGACCACGGAAAACAAGUGGCCCACAGACGUCUCUUCGUCUAGGGUAGCUCCUAGCUCAGGAGUAAUGUUGGAAGUUUUGAACCGUCGUCUGGAAACCUACCCGGCAGCACCAAGACGGCCUUGGGAAGCAUGCUACAUGAGAUUCGACCGUCAGCCAACAGGGUUAUCACCUGUCAUGGAAGUGAUCCUCUGA